AUGCAACCUGUGAUUGCUUUGGCAUUACGUGCUGUAUGUUCACGUAAGGGCCGAGAUCCUUCGAAUCCAUACGAAAAGACCGGAGGAGGGGAGAUUAAUGCAGACAGACUGUCCGUAGCCUGCUUUGAAGUAUUCUUGGAGUUUUGUGUCUUGGAACCUGAGCUUAUACUGAACAUGGCUGGAACGGAUUGGAUGGUUCGCAUAUUAACCGGAGACAGUGCCAUCGGUCGACGGAUUGCUGCUGUGGUUGCUAGAAUUCUGGUUGCAUGGCUUGAUCAACCGAAAUUGCGUGCAAAAGGGAAAGUUGCACCUUGUUUUGGAGCAAAUUUUCGCGCCUUUGAUCGAAUUCGGUUUCUUUCAGAAGAACAUGUGUUCCACGGAACAGGGAGAACGGAUAGUCGACAGCGUAAUGCACAACUUUUCACAUUCAUUUUGUGUAUUCUUCGAACAUGGUCGGGACUAUUCUCAUGUGCCGCAAUCGGUGCAAAUUCCAAAGUUCUAUCGUCGUCACCCUUCAGGCUACUAGAAUAUCUCGGAUUAGGUACUGUGGACGAUUGUAAUCUAGUUCGUAUUCGUGAAAUGGUAGUUGAUAUUUGCUGUGAAUUUCUGGAUUUACCGUAUGCUGGCAUGAAAUUCGAGAAUUGGAAUCAUGCUAUGGAAUACUACUCCACAAUCACGGUUCCGGAUGAAUUCAGUAACUCCCUCAAGGACGACUUUGUGCUUGCGCAGAGCGAGAUGUGUAUUGCUAAAGACGAAGAGCUCGUUCGUCACGUAGACCUUCUGCAUUCGUUUCGUUCUCUCGCCGGAUUUAUCCUUCUCAAUGCAGGUCUGCUUCAGUCUCUAGCUCGUCUAAUUGUGGCCCAACCUGAUUCAAGCAGCGCGCUAAAGGCGACGCUUUUCGUGACUGAUGUUGUACGAACGGCAAGCUCAGUUAUGCCAUCCGGAUGGAGAGCUACUUUGCUCUCGAUGCCCACACUAGUGCAAUCAGCCUGCGAAGCGCUGGCUCAGAGCAAAGCGGCUGCGGCUAUUCACGGCUAUUAUGAUCCUAAUGAGACUGAUCGCUUCACAUUUCCUAAUUCGGGGAAUGCUGCUAUGCUUCUUCACCGUUUUGAUAUGCUAAACAAAGCUUGGAUUGCAAAUUCUUUGUCUGGACCUGCAAUCGAUUCACACUAUUCUUUAUUUUUAUCUCCUCCAAAGUCCCAUUCGUUACCUGAUCGAGCUUUCUCUGGUGAGCUAGACGACUCGUCCAUCCAGUACCUAGUCGACGAGACGUUGUCCGGGGACAAUGGUGGUAUAAAUUGGGAAGCUGCUGCCAUCCUUCUUGCUCGUAUCCCUGAAGUGAGGAAACAGCUUGGGAAGUCUUCUAUUGAAGCGUUGUGUGGAGUACUCGAUAAGGUAAUGUCAGUUGUAUGUUACAUUUGCUCUUUACGUCCGUAUUUGAUAUUGUUUACCCUUUAA